UUUCGUCUGCUUUCGAAAUGAACUGUCCAGUGCGGCUUGCGGUGCUCCUUUAUCUGGUGGCUGAGAUCCAUUCAAAGUUUGAGUUCACCAACAUGCAAUGCACCUCUCUGGAUGAAACAUUUUCUAAAUUUGAUUAUUGUUUUCUGAAGUCAGUGAAUCGCAGCUACAAGUACAUUUCCUUGAGAGCGAAAUUGUUGCAGACUCCCAUUACCAAUGCCAAGAUAAAUGCCGCCUUGUAUCAACGUUUCAGUGGUUAUAAGCCAUUCCUUUAUAAUAUCACUGUGGAUGGCUGUAGGUUCUUGAAGAAUCCUCAGACAAACCCUGUUGCCAAUUACUUUUUUGGACUAGUCAGUAGCCACAUGAAUUUUAAUCAUUCGUGUCCCUAUGAUCAUGAUAUUAUUUUGGAUAAGCUUCCCAUCGAUUUUAUAGAUGAUAAAUUUACACGUGUUCUGCCUUUUCCACAUGGCAGUUACCUAUUGGAAUCCCACUGGUAUUCCGACAACAUCAAACGUGCCGUGCUUAAAGUUUAUGGAACUCUUUCGGGAACUUAUAAGAAAUCUGCAUUCCAGAUCCAUUCAAAGUUUGAGUUCACCAACAUGCAAUGCACCUCUCUGGAUGAAACAUUUUCUAAAUUUGAUUAUUGUUUUCUGAAGUCAGUGAAUCGCAGCUACAAGUACAUUUCCUUGAGAGCGAAAUUGUUGCAGACUCCCAUUACCAAUGCCAAGAUAAAUGCCGCCUUGUAUCAACGUUUCAGUGGUUAUAAGCCAUUCCUUUAUAAUAUCACUGUGGAUGGCUGUAGGUUCUUGAAGAAUCCUCAGACAAACCCUGUUGCCAAUUACUUUUUUGGACUAGUCAGUAGCCACAUGAAUUUUAAUCAUUCGUGUCCCUAUGAUCAUGAUAUUAUUUUGGAUAAGCUUCCCAUCGAUUUUAUAGAUGAUAAACUUACACGUGUUCUGCCUUUUCCACAUGGCAGUUACCUAUUCGAAACCCACUGGUAUUCCGACAACAUCAAACGUGUCGUGUUCAAAGUUUUUGGAACUCUUUCGUAAGUUAGGUAUUUCCAAAUGAAUAAAGAGAGUAUCUGCAUAAUUUAAACUUAAAAAUGGUGUCGGUAU